GCGCAUCCCCCAGAGCGUCCAGGCCGUGCAGCCAUCGUGAAAAAAAAAGAGACAGAGAGACCCGACUGAAUUUCUUGCGCGCCUGCGUUGAACCCCCACCAAAAACGCAUCGCGACGCCUCAGCCUCCUCAGCCUCGAACCUCGUCAUCCGUGCAAGCUCGAGAAUGUCCGCUUGCGACUCGGACGACUCUGCAUCCUUUGCGCACUUGGCAGCUAUCUAAUCGAGAAGGCGAACAGCCGACGAAUCGGUGCAGCCGCUCCCCCAGGCGCACGAGAGCGCGGCUCUGGAUGCUGGACAAUUGAGCCCACCGUCUGAGCCAUCGUCUCGCGCCGCACCGGCUCCUCCCAGGAAAAAAGAUACACGGGCGUGUGACAGCCUCCAGUAGCAGCCAUGGAUCUCCGGUCGGUCCUCAACACGUCUGACAAUGGCGACCGCGCGCCCUCAAAGGCACAGGCGCCGCCGACCCCUCACCAACAGCAGCAACCGCAGCGCCAGCAAAGCCAGCAAAGCCAGCAGCCUCGCCCUACUCAUAUCCCAGCCCAGUAUGGCUAUCGCGACUAUCCCCAACAGCCGCCGCCCCAAGGAUCGCCGACCAAGACUCCAGUUAACGAGUAUCCCCCUCCUCAAAGCCAUCCUCACCACUACCCGCAGCACCAGCAGCCGCCGCAGCAUCCACCAAAUGCCUAUCCGCAACAGUCGCCCUACCAGGCCCCAAGCCCAUAUCAGACACGACCUGCGCCGCCGCCGCUCCAGCCGCCGACGAAUGUAUACCACGAUCCCCGCUCACCGGCCAGCUCCAGGUCAAACUCGGGGCCCGUGAUGGCCUCGCCCUACCGGCCGUCGCCCACAUCGGCCACGACGCCCGGAGGCAAUGCAGGCUAUCCAUUUCCUACGCAGCCUCCAGAGAUGGCGAGCCCAAUCCAGCGCCAGCCGUAUCCACCAGGCCGCCAAUACCAGGACCCGAGAAGAGACAGCUAUGUGCAGAGCCCAGGCGUGGCACCACCAGCACAUGGUCAAGCGCCAUACGUGCAACAGCAGCAGCAACAGCAGCAACAGCAACAGCAGCAACAGCACGCUGUGCCACAAGCAUCGCCGGUGAGGACGUCAAGCCGCGCAUCUCAUCCAUACCUCCAUCCAUCACAGCAGCAUACACCGACACCAGCCUCGAUCCAGCCCCAGCAUCAGCAGUAUGGGCCCCAAUACGCACAGGGCAGCCCAGUCCUUGCAGCGCAGCCUCCACUUGCGGAUUACAGCCGCCACCCUUCGCAAGUCACCCCUUUGGGCCCUCCCCAGCCUAGCGUGCAGCGGCAGCCCUCUGGUCCUGGAGCUUUUGGUCAACCGCCUAGCCCAUACCAGCACCGCAUGUCUUCCAUAGCAAACGCACCGGCACCGGCACCGGCACAUGCAUCUACACCCACACAAACAACACCGACGACACAAUCACAUACACAGGCACAGGCACAGGCACAAGUGCACACCCAGCAGCAACCGCAGGAUUCGCCUCGCCCUCAGGCGCAGACCCCAACCCAGACUCAGCUCCACACUACUCAGGCUCAGCCGCCGCCAGCGCGGGCUCAAACUCAGCCUUCUCCAAAACCAGCGCCGCCGCCGCCGCCGCCUGCACCCCCUGCCCAUCGCCAGUCAAGCUCUCAAUCCGCCUACGCAUCGCCCGUUGCAGAGCCGGCUCAGCAUCCACGACCUCAAAACGACCGAGAGCAAAGUUUGUCUGUUAGUCCCAAGACCAGACUGGGCUCAAUCCCUAGCAACCCCGACGCCACCCCGACGGCGGCGGAUAGAGCCGCGAGAUCUUCACUCAGUGUCCACUCCAUGGCGAUUGACUCGGAUCGAGUCAUAACACCGGCGAAGCGCAAGCUGGAGGAUCUCAACAUGAGUCCUGGAGAGCUGGAGUACAAGGAAUCGAAGCCACCUCCUGGCGAAGUGAACGGAGGGUACGCAGAGCGGAUCAAAAAAUCGGCGUCUCCCGCAAUUCCACGAAAAACGCGGAGUCGACGCAGCCAGCCGCCUGUUUGGGCACUAAGCAUUCACACGCUCGGGAAAAAACUGCCAUCUAGCGCCAAUUUCGUUCUCCAAAAAAGGAUUCACUCCCACAUUCAACCGUCCGUCAAUGGCAGACAUGAAUCUGCGGUCAAGACAGAGCACGCCAGCCGCCAGGCUUCGCCCGAAACAAGACGGAAUCAGCAUACCAGCGUUAGCCAGCAGCCAUCCGCCGUCAGUCCACCGAAUCCCCAAGACCAGCUAGGCCCAUGGGAAGCCAGCAUCACGGGUGUGAAGCCCUCUGAGGAGCUUUCCAAGAACGUGGCCGACUUUCUCUUCAUUCACGUCAUCAACAACCAAGACAUGCAGGAAAUUACGAGCAGAGGGAUACAAUUUGAGAUUGAGGCUAAGCUGGGCACCCUCAUCGACAAGGACACCAACCAGCGCGUGGAUCGAUUCGUCGCCACGGAAUGCAUCCUUGAUGACAAUGGCCGGGUUGCUUUCAAAAGCAGCAUGACCGAGGCACAACACAAAUCUUAUAACGAUUUCCUCAAUAGCAUCGUCAUACAGAGUGACCCGCGGAAUCCCAACAUCAACAAUGCCAAUCGAGUCCCCGUAAUAUAUAAGCACAGAAGAGAGACGGAUCGCUUUUUUGAGCUACCACAAGAAAUGCAUGGCCAUCUUCCAGGAUGCGUGCGAGCCCGUCUUGGUCAUCGCAGCCGAAACGUACGAGUGCGAGUAACAUAUGACCAAAAGACCAACGAGGUGUUGAACAAGAUAAUCAAGGCGCGCGUUGCAGAUAUUGAUCUGCACAUGCCCAUGUGUCCAAUGGAUUGCCGCAUCAGCAUCAACCUCGAAGCAAACUGGGAGGGCCCUGUGGAGGAGUUGGAGCAGCUGGCCGCCAACAAGGCGAACCAGCAACCAGACCGCAGUAAAGACCGUCUGAGCUACACACAAGGGAGCUAUCAAAUCGACCUCACACAAGUCACCCAUGCUGUGAAUGGUCCAGGGAACUCACAACGCAUGGACAAAGAGCACGAGCUCGAAAUCGAAAUGAACCCUCAGGUGCUCAUUGACCAGGGGCGGAAAGCCCUGAGUGGAGCACCUCAUAGAUACCAAGAGUUUGUGGAAGGAUUUGUGGACAACGUUCGAGUGUUGGCACGAAAAGCCAAAGAAUUUAAUCAAUAAUAGGCUAUCCAAACAACCUCACUUUUUGAACUUUUGAAAUUCCGGCGCGGUCGAGGGAAGGGUAGCUUCCAUCCUCCCUCUUGUCCCUGUCUUCGUCGCUCUUUCAACGGCUCAUAGCGGGAUAUCAUAUAUCUAUGUUGGAAAUAAAAGGAAUGUGCAAGGAAUGCAUAGUUUGACUUCUUC